AUGAGCUACGCCUACCCGCAGCACCACCAACACCACGACUACCCGGAUCAGUACCCGCCCGUCCACGACCCGUACGCAAACGACCCGUACGCCCAGACCUACGCGCACCAGCCGCCCUCGGCCUACCCGUACCAGGGCGACGCCCACGGCGACUACUCGCAGUCCGACUUUGUCUCGCCAGACCGAGACGGCGACGGCAUCCCCGGCGGCAGGAACCUCCACCAGUCGACCUACCCGCCUCCGCAGGCCAGCGACGUCUCGCUCGCCGACAAGUACGCCGCCGGCGCCUACGAGCACGAGGCCGCCUCGUCGACGUGGGAGAAGCCCGUGCCCGUCACUCGAGGCAGCAUCGCAGCCCAGCUCGCCGCCGAGGGCUCGAUCCCCAAGAAGGAGGGCCUGCGCAUGUUCCGCAAAGACGAGCACGCCGGCGCCCUCACCCGAGGAGGACGCGCACGGUGCUGCGGCCGCGUCUUCUGCUGCACCCUGAUCCUCGCCAUACUCAUCCUUGUCGGCAUCGUCGCCGCCUUCUUCUUGUGGGUCAAGCCGCCUGAUGUCGGGUUCGACGGCAUCGAGGGCCCGGAAACGGGCAGCGAGGUGACGGUCGCGACCGACGGGUUCGACCUCAACGUCCGCCUCAAGAUCAACGUCGUCAACCCCAACUUCUUUGGCGCCGACUUUAGCAAGAUCGAGGCGUCAGCCUUUUACCCGACCAAGCCCAGCGACAAGGUCGGCGGCGGCGAGAUGAACGACGUCUCGAUCAAGAAGUACUCCAACAAUACGCUCCACUUCCCCUUUGCGAUCAACUACACGACGUCGUACGACUCGGACCUGUCGGUCCUGACCGACAUCGCGACGCGGUGCGGCUUCCUCGGGUCGAACAAGCGCCAGCUCACCGUCAACUACAAGGUCAAGGUGCACGUCAAGAUCAUCGCCAUCUCGAUCGCUCCCUCCUUCUCGUCGAGCACCUCGUUCGACUGCCCGCUGUCCGAGUCGGACAUCAGCGGCUUCCUCGGCGGGUCCUUGUCGUCGCUCCUCGGUGGCGGCAGCAGCCGCCGUCGCCGGGACAGCGUGCUCGCCCUCGACGACGACGAGGCGACGCUCGAUCCUGCGGCGGUGCACCUCGCGACGCGGCACGCGCUCGCCAAGCUCAACGCGCGCGGUGCCGAGGAGCUCGUCGGGCAGCUCCAGGCGGCGGGGCGGCGGUACCGGAUCGGGACGACGCUGGCGCGUCCGGCGGCCGGGUUCGAGUGA